AUGGCUGUGUCUGUUCGUACGCGUCUCUUACGUCCUCAGAAACAAGAACAUGAAACUCGAGUAAUCGUUAAUUGGUGUAAUGAUCAUAACGAUCAACCGAUUUGCUGUCGUACAGCUCAAGUCUGUAAAGGUCCUAAACCGAUAAUAACGCCGAUUUCAACAAAUAAUUCUCAGCCACAAGCCCAGCGUGCAUUUGAAUACGAUUAUGAAGCACCGUUAACUGCAUAUUCACUCAAACCUAAUUCAAAAUGGUUAGUUGUUCGUCGAAAUCUACAUCGCAUUCGGUUUAUGAGUUACAAUGAUCAUGAUGAACAGAAGAAACUACCAGAUUUUUAUUUGGGAUUACAAAUGAUACGUGAAUUGAAACGAGCUCAAAAUGAAAUACAACGUAUUGAUCAAGAAACAAAUUUUCAUGUUGUUAAACAAUUCGUUUUGGCUAUCGAUGAUAAACAUACUAAGACAUACGAUACAAGACAUAUCAAACCAACCGAUGCUCUAAUUUAUGAUCGUAUAGGCGAUGAACCGAUGGCUGUGCAAAAUCUUCUCUAUUAUUUUAGUCAACAAAAUGUGUUGCCUGGUACAGUCUUUUGGAAUUUUUUGAACGAAGUCAAUCAUGUCCUCAAUAUGAAUCGAAAAAGAACAGUCUUGUGUGAUUACAACAGUUGUGAAAAUGAACGAUCAAGAAGUUCAAUGGAUGAGCAAUAG